GGCCGGGGGGCGCGGUGCCGGCCAUGGUCUGGGCUUUCGUGCUGCUGUCGCAGGGCGGGCCCGCCAGCCAGGCCCCGUGCCGCGUGCUGUACGCGCGCGCCUUCGGGACCCCUCCCGGAACCCCUCCCGGGGGUCCCCGGCAGCGCCUUCGCCGCAAGGAGCAGCUGCUUGUCGUGGCCAGACAAGUGGCUUCCCAGUGCCAGCUGCUUCAGUCAUCCCUGGGCCGCCCGUCCUCCCCACAACUCCCCCAGCUGCCUGAUGAGCCGGUGUCACUCCAAGAUGCUCUGGGGGGGCUUUUCCAGAUGCCCCCUGGAGACCCCUUCCCUGACCGGGUGACCGUAGUCUGGUUAUCAGUGAUGGCCCUCGCCUUUGCUUUGGUUUGUGACCCCCAGGAAAAUCUGUCCUUGGCCGAAAUCACCCUGCGGCGCCUGGCUCCUCGCCUGCUUGUCUCCCUGCGGCUGCUCAGCCCUGGCGCUGACGUCCUGCUCCGUCCUGAUGCCGCCGAUGCCCUCCUGGAUCGUCUCCUGCCCCAUGGGCAGAUGCUUUUUCUCAAUGAACGUUUCCUCCAGGCAAUGGACCGAGAGCUGGGCAUCAAAGCAUCCCGCUGAGCUACAGAUGCCCACCACCCCUGGAUAUUUUUCAGUGGGGAGAGACAAGGGAAGGAUCCGAGAUGGUCGCCAAGCCCCAGCAGGAUGGAUGGGAAAAGUAGCUCAGGAAUAAAGAGCAACAUGCCAGCAAAGAGCGGGAUUUUAA